AUGAAGCCAAAAGUGGAUGCAGGAUCCCAUGUAAAAGAAGCAGAGGUUUUACCACCAGGCCAUCUAAUGUAUGUACCACCAGCAUUUCUGCCUCACAAAAUCCCACCACCACCUCUACCACCUUUAGCAGCUACUGUUGUUACCAUCAAACCAAUCACUGCCACUACUACAACUACUACUGCCUUGACAAUA